AUGGAGUUCAAGUCGUACAAGGACGACGCCUGGUACGACGUGCGCAUAGAGACGGAGAGCAACGGCGACAGUGGCGGCAAUGGCCGGAGACUGAGGGUCAAAUUCUCCGGGUUCGCCGACGAACAUGACGAGGUCGUCGACGGCAAGGACUUGAAGUCGUUUAAAGACGUCGACUUUUUGAGAUGCCGGUUCAGGCCCAUGUCGGUUCAGCUUCAGGACACAGAGUGUUCUCAGGUGCACAAGGGCUUGAGCGUCUGCGCUGCGCACUCUGCUUACCCCGAUGAUCGGCGCUUCUACGACGCCGUUGUGGACGGGGUGGUGCGUAAUGAGCAUCGGUUUGAAAAUGGCGAAGAGCAAUGCACAUGCAGCUUUAUCCUUUCAUGGAAGCACGGUCCUUAUUACGGGUCAUUGAGUGAACAGGCUCUUGAGAACAUUUGCAGAAUCCAGCCUCCUCUUGCUGUUGACAAAUUGGAUCCCCUGCUCGCCUCUUUUCUAAACUCAGCCAGGAAGACGGUUCAAGCCACUGGCUUUUUUGAUUCAGGUGCAAGGUCUCAACGUUUAAAACAGGAAACAAAGCUUGCCAGGUCGAUCUCAAGUCAUUUAAAAGGAGAUGACGUAGAUAUCGGAGGAGUUCCUCAUAUGAUAAUCAUUGACAAUCUUGAGAAGGGGAUAUCACCAUUAACCAUUAUGGAAUUUAUUCAUCACCACCUUUCAUUCCCAUGUCAAGCAUUUGUUUCGCCCAGUAGAGUUUUAGAGUCGUAUGCACGAGGAGCUAUCCUGUUGCACAGCAAACGGAACUUUGACAAGUUAUCUGCCUUUUUGGAGAAUCCAGAUCACAUCAUCAUUUCCUCAAGAGGAAGGCCUUGGUUAAUGACUGAAAAAACACCAGUACAUGACACACACAUGGCAUUGAUUGAAACCUUCAGGCUCACAUCUCAGAAUGUGCAACAGACUAGAAGAACUGGAACUUGCAAUGAAUUGAAGGUUGUCAUUUCUGGGACUAAAGAGUACAGUACGGCUAAGCAGCUAAAGGAUUUGUUCGAGAGAUUUGCUAAUCAUAUUUAUAAGCUUCACCAGAGGUUAGUGGUUGAAGAGGGUAGGAUCUUACAGCUACCUGAUGAGGUGUAG